AUGCAUUAUAUGACUUCAUUUUUACUCAUGUCAGCAAAUACCUGUCUAAAUGCAACUUAUUCAUACGACGCACUAAAUCACUCGAUCAAAAUGGCCACGGAAGUGACCAAUGACUUCAAUAUAAUUCCUUCAGACAUCUAUGGAGUGGGGCUCGACAGUGGAAGUAAUGGCAAUCAGAAUGGCGUUUUAUACUUGCAAGUUGUCGAGGGAGAAAAUAGCAACAUCGGUGCUUUUUCCAACAAGGACCUGUUGUGGCACACAGAAACCACCUAUUAUCCAACCAGAGAGACGUAUGCUCCAAAAGUCCAAGGGUUGCUCACAAAAAGGAACAAGGGAACCAAAAAUAGGAAACCACAUAAGGUUCUUGGUGGAAUCAAGAUGAAUGCCAAAAAUGUCCUUGAAGGAUGGAAAAGCAAGAUUAGAAACAAAAAAUUACUUCACAAAGGACUGCUCAAGAGCCAUGACGAAACAAAACCAGGUUUAAAUUGGAAUAAUCACCUUUUAAUUGUAGGAGGAGCAAAUACAACUGAUAAUGUAGGAAUGUCAGAACUCGAGUGGACUGAGGAGACAGAUGAUUUGGAAGAAGACUUUGAUUAUUCAACUGAUGAACGAGAGCCACUUAAUAUAACUGGACCGAUUGUUAUACCACUGGUUAAAGUUUCCACGCAGACACCUGCUACCCCAGUUGUGAUUACCAAGUUUUUUACCAUUACUAAAUUAGUGACAUUGUCAGAUGUUGUUACUGAGAGUGAAAAUGUAACAAAACCUAAAGCCGUGACGACGCAAAGCUUCACUGUUGGUUUAUCUGACUCAAUUCAAUCAGAUACUACUGUGAAAGAUGACCCAAGCAUUUCGUUAUCGGCUGUAAGCAAGGAAUUUGAGGUUGAAAAUGAUGAUGUUAUUGAAGCUGACACUGAAUAUGAUGAAGUGUAUAGCGUGACUGCAUCUCAUAAAAGAUUAGCGAGAAACCGUCCAAAUAUGGAGCCUAGCACUGGCAUUGAUUUAUCACAUUCUCCAGCAACUGAGAUUGUGAAAAGUAUCGUACAGAUAGCUUUGAGUACCACUGCCUAUUUCACGACAGAACACCAAAAAAGUUCAGAAGAGUCUCUCGAUCACAGCAUAGACCCAGUCUCAAAAGCACGACAUGAAAUUGGUCCAUCUGAGUUGAUUGAAUAUGAGGAUGGUCAUUUAGUUUUAGGAAAGAAGCGGCCAAACGGCGACCCUUCAACUUCAACGGUAAUUGAAUUAACGACACCAAUAGUUCCAACGCCGAUAGUUCCAGUGACACUGAUGCACCCAGCAGCAACCAGGCUAUUCAGCAUACUACCAAUUAAGGGCACUACCAUAAUUUUGCAUCCAACAUCACUCCCUAAGUUUCGAAGCCAUCUAAUAAGUUCAAAGACGAACAAUGAAACAACAUCCAACAAAUGGGUCUCUUUCACCGACGAGACUUCCCGAUUCAAUAAGCCUCGAAUUUCCGAAGUUACCAAAUUGCGACGCUCAACAAACUUUGAAAACCUUGAUGCCACUAUCAAUGCCAAUAUCACUGCCCUAGCUUCAAAAAUCAACGAUACUGAGUCUUAUGUUGUGGCUCGUGGUGCUUAUUCAUUUACUGGGGUUAUUUUACCAAGAAAGCAAUUCGUGUUGAAUUCUCUUUCAUCUGUUACCAAAGGCACAAUGUGUUUACCAUCUUGUGUGUUUCUUCUACUAAUUGUUGUAAUAUGUUUGUAG